AUGACGCCUAUAGUGGAUAAAGAAGUGAUUGAAAUUCUAUCAUCAUCAUCAUCAUCAGAUUCAUCAGAUAAUGAAGAUUUUGAUAUAUUUGGACUUAAUAAUAUAAAACCAAACCAUCAAACCUACCAAGAUCAAAGACGUUCAAAUCGAAUCAGUUACAGACAACAAAUACAAGAGGAAAAUAAUAAAAAGAGGAAACAAGUUGCAACUAAGGGGAUCUUUGAUAUUGAAGUACCUGCAAUUUUUCAAACUAAAGGAGCUAGAUUACAUGAUAUAAACAAGAGAUAUAAAUCAAUAAACCAUGAUAUUCAAAAAGAUGAAGAAAAUUUAAAAUUUCAAUAUGAAAAACUUCAACAACAAAAAUCUAAAAUAAUCAUGGAAUUAAAUGAUAAUGGAUCAAAAGGGUUUCAAAAAUAUGAUCAAAAAGAAGAUUUUGAAUUGAUUGAUAAUUUAAUUAAUCAACAAUUAAAUGGAUCAGGAAUUGACCGACAUUUUUAUUUCUUACGUGAUGUUGAUGGGAUUGAUUUAGGUGAUUUUCAAAAAAUACCUCAUUCUUUGUUAUUUUUAAUUAAACGAGAUCCUUCUUCUGGAUAUAAUGCUGUUAAAUCACAAUUAAAGAAUUUUAUAAUGAAUUCAUUGGACAGUAUCGUGAAUCCUACCCAUUUACAAUCAAUUAUUGAUAUGAUUCUACAUUUUGGUGUGACUACGAAUAAAGAAGUGAUUUUCACAUCUAGAGAAUUGGUUGAAUUGAUAGAUACUUGUGGCGGGAAUACAAAAUUGAUUAAUGAAACAAAAUUACCCAUUAAGAUAGGACAAUUUAACAAUCAUUUAAGGAUUCAAUUAAUGAGAAUAGCUUUGAUAUUGAUUUGUUAUUUAAUUGGAGAUUCGGUGGAUUGGGAUAUUUUUUUUAAAUUAUUCAUUAUGAUUAUAUGUGAUCACAAUACUAAUACAAGAGAGUUUGAGACAAUGUUUUAUUUAAUGGAUUCGGUUUGGAAAGUUAUUAGUUUCAAGUAUCAGUAUGACGAUUUCAUAGAUGCAUUGGAUAGACAAGUUAGAAGUUUAUCUACGUAUACUUAUGGAGAGUAUGAUCAACAGAAAGAUGAUGAUGAUGACGAUAUCCCGUCCCAUAUGUUCACAAUUAAAACUAAAGGGGAUUAUGAUUUAAUAGCACAAGUGAUCAACAAGUUGGAUCUAUCUGCAUCUAUAGAAAAAGAUCUACGCCAAGUUGAGUUAAAAGAAGAUAUGUCAAAUUUAUAUGACUUUAGUUUAAAAGUUAAAUUGCUAAUUAUCGAAUAUGGUCCAAUGACAGAAGUGAAUAUUAAAGAAUUGAGAAAAUCCAGAAACAUUAUUCUUGAAUUGAAAAAGAAAGUGUAUCAAUACAUGAGUAAAAUCACCAGUCCUGAUUAUAAAAAUGAAUCACGUAUGCAUAGAGAAGAAAUGGUUGCAUUGAUCACAGAAGCUUAUCAGAGUUUAGAAUACUUGGGUGAUAUUCUACUGAAGAAAUGUGAUUACUUAGAUGGUGAUAUUUUUUAUAAGGACAUAGAUGAUGAGAUAUAG